AUGUCAGUCCCCAGUACCCUCGCUGGUGCCCGAAUAUGUCGCCAGAUACUAGCACCUAAGAUCUCCGUCCGGCACGCCUCCUUGACCUCCGCUAUAGAGCGCGGCAUUCGCAAGUCCCGUUCACUAGAGUCCUCCACUUCUCCGAGUGAUUCCUCUAGUGGUCGCGGCUUUCGUCCAAAUAGAUCAUCCUUAAGAUCUGGGAAACCAGAACAUAGUGACCGCAACACACGUUCUGAGUCCUCCGAAGGGCCGAGACCGUUUAAAAUCCGACCGAGAAAGAAUCGGAGGGGACCAAGAACGCACAAGUUUUCAGAUGAGGCGCCAGAGCAUGUGAAGACAUUCGUGAAAUGUCCCGAGUCUAUGCCUCUGACACAUCCUGCAUCGGAGUUCAUCUACGGAACGAAUGCUGUCGAGGCGGCGCUGCGAUGCAGUCGGCGCAAAUUAUACAAGCUGUAUAUAUACCAGGGUGCGGAUGAAUUACUCGGUUUCCAGAAAAUUGCACUGCGGAAACUUGCGCUUGUCAAGGGCGUGCCGGUAAAAAUGGCCUUCGGGGAAUGGGACAGAUUGCUUGACAAGGUGUGCGAAGGUCGGCCGCAUAACGGCUGCGUUCUUGAAGCUUCCCCCUUGCCGCUGCUACCUGUGAGAAGCUUCCAUGGUGUAGCGGAUCCACCAGAUGAUUUCUUCCGUAUGGAGUUAGCUCCCCAAUCACGAGAAGAAGCAGCAGUGAAUGGUACGAAUAACAGGAUCCCAAUUCUCCGCAGCAGCCAAUGGAAGCAGAAUAGGUACCCUGUCGCUCUUCUGCUUGACGGGAUCCUGGAUCCCGGGAAUCUAGGUGCAAUUGUCCGAUCCGCAUAUUACCUUGGGAUUGACGCUGUUCUUUUUGCUGGUCGAAACUCAGCGCCUCUAUCACCCGUGGCAAUCAAAUCCUCCGCUGGAGCAGCGGAGAACAUGACGCUUCUUAAGGUCAACAAUGAAGUGGAGUUUAUCAAACAAUCCAAGGCCAAUGGUUGGAGGUUCUACGCGGCUGAUGCCCCGGGACUUGGAACGACAUACGUUGACCCGCAUCCUUCAAAUGAUAGCAAUGAUCAUACUGCCAGCCCGCUUACCCAAUCACCCAGUGUGCUCAUGCUGGGCAGUGAGGGUACCGGUCUUAGCAACCAUAUUAAGAACCAUGCGGAUGCGAUCGUGAGCAUCCCCUGGGUCAGGAAUCCUGUUCCGGGAGUGGCAUCUGAUCCAGCCAGGGUUGACAGCCUCAAUGUGAGUGUUGCCGCCGCGUUGCUGAUGGAGAAAUUCCUCCUUGUUCCAGUAGAGAUAUCUUCAGCGAUACCUCGAAUGCCGCAGGAGAAAAUAGACAAGCAAAGGGAGAGAAACGGGAACAAGCAGGAGAAGGGAAGUAAGUAA